GCGGCGAGUGAGAGGAAGAGACGCUCCCCCUCGAGCGACGGGGACCGUCGGAUCAUCGACAUCCCGCGUCCGGUCGCGAACGCCAAGCGAAUAGAGGACGAUCGUACGGUCAGCAGCACGGUGGAGAGCGGCGGUGCCACGGUGCGGGGGGUCGUGGUGGACCCCGGCGAUGACACAGCCAUGAUGGCCUACGGUGGCACCGCUGGUAACGGGGGUGCGAUGGGCUCGUCGGCGGGUGCUGGCGGCGCCGGUGGCACGGACGUUCUCGGUACCGCCGCCGGCGACUACAGCCCCCAGAGCACGCCCACGCCCUUGACCGGACACUCGACGACGAGCGGCACGGUGGAGAACGCUUAUACACCCGGGACGACCGGGGCGGCCAGCUACAGUCCGCAGGACAGCCCGGCGAGCUCCGCCGGGGGCAGCGGUAACGGCCAGCUGCCGAGUUUCGGCUUCACGCAGGAGCAAGUCGCGUGUGUCUGCGAGGCGAUGGUGUCGAAUGUCCAGGUUCUCCAGCAGGCAGGCUCCGUGGAGAGGCUCAGCAGAUUUCUCUGGUCCCUGCCGGCAUGCACCAGGUUGCAUCGGCACGAGAGCGUCCUCAAGGCCAAGGCGAUCGUCGCCUUUCAUCGGGGCCAAUUUAAGGAGCUCUACAGGAUCCUGGAGAGUCACACCUUCAGCCCGAACAAUCAUCCCAAACUGCAGGCCCUCUGGCUCAAGGCCCAUUACAUCGAGGCUGAGAGGCUACGUGGCAGGCCCCUCGGCGCAGUCGGAAAGUAUCGAGUGCGCCGUAAGUUUCCGCUACCGCGCACUAUCUGGGACGGCGAGGAAACGUCUUACUGCUUCAAGGAAAAGUCGAGGAGCGUUCUGAGGGAUUGGUAUGCCACCAAUCCGUAUCCGUCGCCGCGCGAAAAGCGAGAAUUGGCGGAGAGCACUGGCCUCACUACCACGCAAGUCAGUAAUUGGUUCAAAAACCGGAGGCAGAGAGACCGUGCCGCCGAGCAUAGUGGACAGAGGGAGGACAAGGCUCACGGCGGGGGCUUAGGGGACUCCAGCAGCGAGAGCGGCGACGAGACGAAGCGGCAAUCCGGACAGCAGCCACAGCAACAGCCGUCCUCUUGCGCCGUUCAGCAACAGCAACAACAGCAGCAGCAGAUGGUGGACCACCAGCAAACCACCGGCAUGUAUCAGCUUCCGCCUCCGGUCACGGUCUCCAGCCCGCAUUCGUAUCACCAGAGUCACGGCACGUCCUUGAGCCACCCGCACAUGCAACACCACGAUACGAGCAGCGAGAGCGGCGAUGACAAGAGGAACCUCCAUCAUCAGUUGCAGCAUCAUAUCCAAGUCGGCACCCACGGCGCCCAUGGACUCGUUCAUCCCACCGCUACCUUGCCACCACCACCGCCCAGCUGCGCUCAACAGAAGAGUCAGCUGGAUUACAUGCAGUACUACAGCCCGCAGGACUAUUUAAUCGGCACACCGACCUCCGCGGAUCUGCAGAAGUCCUUGCCACACACGGCGACGUCGAUGCAGAUGGGCGCGAUCGCGCCUUCCAUGGGCGGGUUAAGCCCGAUGGGUCCCUCGACGAUGCUGUCCAACACUAUGCAGGGUGUCAACACCAUGAACACUAUGUCGAUGAACGGCAUGGGCAUGGGCGCUUACCAGGGCAUGGGCUCCAUGGGGAUGUCGACGUCGCACGCGAGUUACCAUAGCGGCCUCGUGUUGGGCGAGUACCAUUCCUUGUGACCUUGGGCCCCAAGCACUCAAAGCAAAAGAAGCCAGGAGAAGACUUAAUGCACAUCGGCGAGGCGCAAGACUUCCGAUCGAUCAAGGUACCCUUGAAUGGUUUGCUGUGAUAUUAUUUGGAUCGUCAAUAAAUUAUUAUCACCAAAGAAAGAUAAGGAAAGUCUUAUCUAUUGAUAUUGAAGUUUGCUUAAAAAGUAUUAUAAAAAGAUGCAAAAGUAUUUAAAAUAUUAAUAAAAAUUAUUGUUGAACACAUAACCCAGUGAGCACGAUCUCAAUUUAUUGUUAACACAAUUAUUAAAUAAUGAAAAAACUAAGUCAAAAAUAUUUUUUAUCGUGACAAUAAUUCCUUGGCGAUCCAGUAAUGUUCAGAUAAAUAAAAAGGACAGUUCUGUACGGAUAUAUCGUUUCGUUCUCCGUGAGCUUUUCUCGGUGGGUAUUUUAAAGCG